UGCCCUGCUGUGUAUGAAGCUUGUUUGAAGUCAUGUCCAGAAGGAAAGUCAACUAAAUCAGCGUUUUGCAGGUGUGUGGAGAUGCAAUGGAGGUAGAGUCCAACACAUACACUGACUUUAUUGCCUGCGAUCGGGCUGGUCGGAGGAACGCUGUCCACGACAUCCAACGAGAUGCGACCACCAUCACCAUGCGCAAGCUGACUGAGAACCUCGGUGACCUGGCUGUCGAAGGAGCAGAAAGCCAAAGAGAUGCCACUUCUUCUGAGAGCGACCCUGGAGCAAGACCAAAGGGGCAAGAAGACAGCCCCUCUCCAUAACAACGUGCAGGGGGUGGGAUGGGCAGGAGGAGGGCCUUGCUGUGAACAUCAGGCAAGAAUUUGCUGUUGAGUCAGUGGACAAAACCAAACCUGGAACAGCAAGCUGUCUGUUGAACGCCUCUGCUGCAACCAUUUUUAUUUAGAGAGCGACAUGAUGCUGUGCAAGGACUGGCACCUCCAAAAGACUUCUGUUCCCAUCCCUAACGAUUUAGAGCAACACUGCCAUGGUUGUAGUGACAUGAGCCAUUCUCAAGAUGCCUUAGCUGCAAUUUUCCCCUAGGGGAAAAAACGAUUUCAGUAAUAAUAGACACAUCAGAUUUUCCUGUCCAAGGUACCUUCCUCCUUUGCAAAUUUAGACUAUUAUUUAUUCUGUUCCACAGAUUAGGAAUUUAGAUUAUUGUUUUUUCUAAGCCUCACCCUCAUCUGCAUCUUAGACCUGACCUGGCCUCUGGAAUGUCCAUGUGGCCCCUCGUCAGGGUGGGCAGUGGGGAGUCCCCCUGCCUUCAGGUCAAGCACCGCUCACCUGUGCUGCUGCCAGUUAGCAUCAGGAAAGGACCAAAGCACAGCUCUGUGUGGAUGAGCUCCACGUACAGCCUCAGCAGCACCAGCCACAGGCAUCUUUUUCUUUGGGUUUUAGCAUUUUAAGAUACUGUUAAGCAGAGGGGAGAACUGUUUUGCUGGUUUGACUGUUGAAAUUCAGGCUUAACUUUGCAAGCUGUUAGCUGAGAUGAUCUCUGGUAGGAUCUCACACCAUUCUCUCUUUUAGGAGACAUGUUUUGUGUUAAAGAUGGUUUGAUAAAACUAUAUAAGCUGUUGGAAUAAAUAAUAGAGCCUUCAA